AUUUACGUUAUAAAUGAUAGAACAAAAUGUAACGUUUUUGUAUAUUUUAUUAUAUUUAUAAAUUUUUAAUUAUAUAUGAUUAAAAUUUUUAAGUUCACUUCAAUAAUGUGAAAUAUGGACAAGAUCUGUUGAGUAUUGUAAGAAAUUUUGAACAUAAUAAAGUUCUGUGUGUUUUUUUUUACACGUUCCUCUUUAGAUUAAUUUUUAGUUAUUUCAGUUGUUCUUUAGUAAAUUCUGUGUCGGUUUUGCGGAGAAUAUAUUUUUUAUUAACAAAUUUUGUAGUUCUUUAUAAUCGCAAUAUUUUUUUUUAUUAAAAAUGCAGUCGCUUUUGCUCACAUCAUUACGACAUGGAAAAUGUGUUUCCAAUUCCUUUACAUUAGGUUUGACAGCCUCAUCGUCGAAGAUUUCAUGUUAUCGCAACUUGUCGACAUCAAAUACAUUGUAUAAUGAAAAUGCCAAAUCCUUUAAAAAGGGAUUUGAACAAAACAUAGUUUUGGUCGAUGGCGUUCGUACUCCUUUCUUACAAUCUUUUACCGACUACUCUAAAUUGAUGCCACACGAGUUAGCUCGUUAUUCUUUGAUCAAUUUGCUAGAUAAAACAAAUAUUAAUAAGGAAAUUAUUGAUUACAUCGUUUAUGGCACAGUAAUACAAGAAGUUAAAACUUCAAAUGUUGCUCGUGAGGCAGCCUUGUGUGCUGGUUUCAGCGACAAAACGCCUGCGCAUACAGUUACAAUGGCGUGCAUUAGCUCAAAUGUGGCUAUUACUACAGGUAUUGGUCUACUAGCGACAAAUACUUAUGAUGUGAUUGUUGCUGGUGGUGUCGAAUUUAUGUCCGAUGUACCCAUUCGGCAUUCGCGUAAAAUGCGUAGCCUUUUAUUAAGAGCUAAUAAGGCAAAGACACCAUUACAAAAAUUGAGUUUACUUGCAACUUUGCGGCCGAAUUUCUUCGUUCCAGAGCUACCUGCCGUUGCUGAGUUUUCUUCAGGUGAAACUAUGGGACAUUCUGCCGAUCGUUUGGCUGCAGCUUUUAAGGUGUCGCGCAAGGAGCAAGACGACUACGCGUUGCGUUCACACACCUUAGCUAAAGAAGCUCAGGAUAAAGGUUACUUCACUGACGUGGUUCCAGUUAAAGUGCCUGGCAGCACAAACUUUGUAGAAAGAGAUAACGGUAUACGAGUUUCCACACCAGAAAAAUUAGCUAAACUUAAUCCUGCAUUUAUUAAGCCAUAUGGCACCAUUACAGCAGCAAACGCUUCGUUCUUGACGGAUGGUGCAUCUGCUUGUGUACUUAUGAAAGAAGAGACUGCAAAGAAACUUGGCCUAAAACCCAAAGCGUAUUUACGUGACUUCCUAUAUGUCUCACAAGAUCCACGUGAUCAAUUACUUUUAAGUCCCGCUUAUGCUAUACCAAAACUUUUAAAAAAGACUGGUCUCACGCUUAAAGAUAUCGACACUUGGGAAAUUCACGAGGCAUUUGCUGGACAAAUUUUGGCGAAUCUAAAAGCUUUGGACUCCGAUUGGUUCUGCAAGAACUAUAUUGGACUUAGUGAGAAAUUUGGUACACCCGAUUUGAGCAAAUGGAACAGCUGGGGUGGUUCAUUGUCAAUUGGUCAUCCAUUUGCCGCAACCGGUGUCCGACUUUGCAUGCACACGGCAAAUCGUUUGGUACGUGAAGACGGGCAACUCGGUGUAAUUGCGGCUUGUGCUGCGGGUGGUCAAGGUGUUGCAAUGCUGCUGGAGAGAUAUCCUGGUGCUACUGCAGAUUAAAUACGCAUUUAUUACAAUUUGCACCCAUAUUCUUCCAUUUACGUUUAGACAGUGUGGCCUUCAGUAAGACAUCUUAGUCAUUUAAUAUUUAGGCAGUAAAGUGUUCAAUAUAAAGCGAUAUUAAUUCAAAUUUAGCAAAAAAAAAAUUGUAUCACAUUCUUUUUUCUUAUUAUUUUUAUGAUAAAAGCGAAUCUGUAUAUUAUUGCAUGUGUAGCCCUUUCAUAGUUUUAUUUAAUAAAGUGUAUAAAGAAAACAUUUCACAUGCACCUGUCCUUAUUUUUUUAUGAAAGAAUUGUUCCCAAUGGCAUAAAUAAAACAACAGGUUAUGAAUUUA